AUGCCUGUGUUCUACACGCCGAUCCCUCAGAACCUGAGAGUGGGUCUGGCUAACGUCAGCGGCUCAGUGUUUAUAAAUAACAGAACUCGAGACAGCGGACACUUCAGGGACCCUUAUCAGGAUCAUGAAGCGUAUUACCAGUGUCUGCUGGUGACGGGGAUGGUCCUGAUCAGCAUAUUCGAGGUGUUGCGGGCAGUUGUUUACAUUGGGAAUCUCAAAGAGAAGGUUCCAGAGUUGGCUGGAUUUUGGCUGAUCUCGUUCCUCUUCCAGCUGCCUAUCCUCCUCUUCUUCAUCACUGACGAAGCCACCAUCAUCCGUCCUCUGGAGCGGGCCGUUCACUCUCUCUAUUUGGGCUUCCUGCUGGGCGAGCUGCUGGCCUCGUUUCUGGCCCUGCAUGUCAUGACUCGCAAACUCACCCAGCAGUUUCACAUGAGGCAGUUCGGCCCCAUUCAGGGUCUCCAUACAGCAGAAGCGCUGCCUCUGUUUGGACUGCCGUAUGGGGGCAGGAGUGUGCUGCCUAUGAGGUACAUUCAGCCGCACUGA